AUGUCUCUCAUUAACUCUGAUGCAUUUGUUGCAUUGGUGCUUGGUAUAUUGGGCUUCCUAUCCUUCUAUUCUUCCAUUGAUGGUGAAUUCGUUUUUGAUGACACAGAAGCCAUUAUUAACAAUAAAGAUUUAAAUCUCGAUACUCCUCUUGAAGAGUUGUUCCGUCAUGAUUUCUGGGGCACAUAUGUAACUCAUAAUGCCAGCCACAAAUCCUAUCGUCCGCUGACAGUAUUAUCAUUUAGAUUUCAUGUUUGGUGGAAUAAAGGAAAACUGGAUCCAUUUCAUUUUCAUCUUUUAAAUUUGUUAUUACAUGGUGUGGCAACUUCAUUAUCGUAUCCAGUUUUUGGAAAGCUUUUUAACAUUGAAAACUUAUGGUUAUCAAAAGCUUUUGUUGCAACAUUGUUAUUUGCUGUACAUCCCAUUCAUACUGAAACUGUCGCUGGAGUUGUUGGACGUGCUGAUUUAUUAUGUACAAUAUUCUCUUUCCUGUCCUUUCUGGUUUACUGUAACUCAUUAAAAAGUGAUGGUCCUAUAAAAACAAUAGCCAUAAUGACUUUUUCUGGUGCUUUGGCAGGUGUUGGAAUGUUAUGUAAAGAACAAGGAAUUACAAUAAUUGGUGUGUGCUGUGUUUAUGACUUGUUGAUAGUUACCAGAACCCAUCCGUUUGACUUUCUAUCAAAUUUGAACAUGAUUCAGUCCAAUCUUUAUUCUUCGAAGAUCUCAUCAUACAAUAGAACAAUGUCCCUUACAAUGUUUGCUAAAAAACAUCAACUAGUUCUUGUAAGGCAUAUUAUGCUGUUACUUGCUGGAAGUCUAUUACUUUACUUUAGAUGUUGGAUAAUGAAUUUUACUCAGCCUGUUUUUCGGGAAAUUGAUAAUCCUCAUUCAUUUGCUGAGAGUUUCAUUGAAAGGAUUCUCAACUACAAUUACCUCUAUUCAUUAAAUGCUUGGCUUCUGUUAUGCCCUGAGUGGUUGUGUUUUGACUGGUCCAUGGGGUGUAUUCCUUUAAUUACUAUUAGUGCAGGAUUCAAUGAUACACGCUUGCUCGCUAUUACUGCUUUUUGGACUGUAUUCAUAUCUUUGGUUGCAACUAAUUUGACCUUUCCAUUUACAGCUGAAAAAAGAGAAGUUCUGUUGGCACUUUCCUGUAUAGUCAUACCUUUUUCAAUAGCUUCUAAUGUCCUAUUCAGAGUUGGGUUUGUUAUUGCUGAAAGAAUACUUUAUUUACCAUCUAUUGGUUAUUGCAUGCUUAUUGCAUUAGGAAUUCAGCAAUUGAAGACAUACUUCAAAAACACCUAUUUAAUCAAUGCGUUUUUAAUGUUUUUACUCAUUACUAAUACCUUCCGAUGUCAUCAAAGAGCUGCUGAAUGGAGAAAUGAAAAAGAUCUGUUCACAUCUGGUCUAAAAGUUUGUCCUUUGAAUGCAAAGGUUCAUUAUAAUUUUGCAAAGCAUUCCAGCAACCCAUCUAUUGCCAUAAAACAUUACCGAAGAGCAAUUUUGCUUUAUCCAGAUUAUGAGCAAGCCAUGAACAAUUUAGCGAAUGUUCUUAGAGAAAAUGGAAAUAUUACUGAAUCCGAAAGUUUGUUGCGUAAAGCUAUUUUGAUAAGACCUGAUUUUGCAGCAGCUUGGAUGAAUUUGGGCAUUGUUUUAGCUAAUACAAAUAGGUACGAUGAGGCACUUGAAUGUUAUAACUAUGCCUUGACAUAUAGAAAAAAUUACCCCGAUUGUUAUUAUAAUUUAGGAAAUCUCUUCCUUUCUCAAAAGCUAUAUAAUGAAGCCUUCAUAGCUUGGAAGCAGGCAACCAGCCUCAAACCAACACAUAGCAUUGCUUGGAAUAAUAUGAUAGUCAUGUUGGAUUCCAUAGGUGAAUUUGAUAAGGCACAAAGCUUAGCCACUGAAGCUUUAAUGUAUCUUCCCAACGACUCUGCACUUCAUUUUAAUUUAGCCAAUACACUUGGUAAAAAAGGUUAUUAUGAAAAUGCAGAACAACAUUUUUUAACAGCAAUAAAACUAAAAAAAAAUGAAGCUCUCUACCAUACGAAUCUUGGAGUCCUAUAUCACAGAUGGAAAAAAUAUCAUCAAGCUGAGAAUGAAUAUAUGAAGGCACUUAAACUUAAUCCUAAUCUGAAGAAUGUGGAUCAAAAUUUAAAAACUGUUAGAAAAUUUAUUUUUAAACAGAAGGAAUAA